AUGAAGCCCCAACUCUGCCUCCACAGUCCCCUGAGGAAGCUGGACAUUUGCCAGUUGAGCAGGAGACUCCAACUGAUUCCCCAGAACCUACAAUACAGGAGAAACCUCCAGCACAGCAGGAGACCCCAGUUCAGCAUCUGGAGUAUCCUGGAGAAGUUAAACCUCCCACAACCCAGCAGGAGGCCCCAGCUCAGCAACCACAGGCCCCUGAAGGAGGAAGCUGCAGCUCAGCAUCCAGAGCCUUCUGGUGAGGUUGAACCUUCCCCAACCCAGCAGGAGGUUCCAGCUCACUCUCCAGAGCAUCAUGUGGUAACAGUUUCUCCUCUAGGUCAGAGUCAAGCUCAGGGUCUGCUGUUGCCCCAUGUCACUGUUAAACCUGUGGAUCUGGCACUUACCAUAACUCCAGAGUCCACCAAUGAGGUUGAAACUUCUUUACCCCAACAAGAGGCCCCAGCUCAGGAGUCCCAACUCAGCCUGAAGAUCUUCCUGAGGAAAAUGAACUAUCCCCAAUUCAGCAGGAAGCUGCAGCUCAGUAUCCAGAGCCUUCUGGUGAGGUUGAACCUUCUCCAGUCCAGCAGCGAGGUCCAACCCAGCCUGAAGGUCUUCCUGAGGAAACUGGAGUUCCUCCAGUCCAGCAGUCCCGGUAAAGCUCAGUAUCCACUGUUGCCCAAUAUCACAGUUAAACCUACAGAUCUGGAGGUUUCCAUAACUCCAGCCCCUGCUAUAUCUCCUGAGCCCCCUAACGAGGUAGAACCUUCUCCCACACAGCCGGAGGCCGCAGCUCAGCCUCCAGAGCCCCCUAAUGAGGCAGAAUCUUCUCCAACUCAGCAGGAGGCCCCAGCUCAGUCCCCUGUCACCCCACAGGCCCCAGCUAUAACUCCUGAGCCCCCUAAGGAAGUGGAACCUUCUCCCACACGGCCAGAGGCCCCAGCUCAGCCUCCAGAGCCCCCUGAGAAGGUAGAACUAUCUCCAGUUCAGCAGGAAACCCCAGCUCAGCCUCCAGAGCCCCCUAAUGAGGCAGAAUCUUCUUCAACCCAGCAGGAGGCCCCAGCUCAGCCUCCAGAGCCCCCUGAGAAGGUAGAACUAUCUCCAGUUCAGCAGGAAACCCCAGCUCAGCCUUCAGAGCCCCCUAAUGAGGCAGAGUCUUCUUCAACCCAGCAGGAGGCCCCAGCUCAGGCCCCUGUCCCCCUGCAAGCCCCAGCUAUAUCUCCUGAGCCCCCUAAGGAAGUGGAACCUUCUCCCACACAGCUGGAGGCCCCAGCUCAGCCUCCAGAGCCCCCUAAUGAGGCAGAGUCUUCUUCAACCCAGCAGGAGGCCCCAGCUCAGGCCCCUGUCCCCCUGCAAGCCCCAGCUAUAACCCCUGAGCCCCCUAAGGAAGUGGAACCUUCUCCCACACGGCCGGAGGCCCCAGCUCAGCCUCCAGAGCCCCCUGAGAAGGUAGAACUAUCUCCAGUCCAGCAGGAAACCCCAGCUCAGCCUUCAGAGCCCCCUAAUGAGGCAGAAUCUUCUUCAACCCAGCAGGAGGCCCCAGCUCAGUCCCCUGUCCCCCCACCGGCCCCAGCUAUAUCUCCUAAACCCCCUAAGGAGGUGGAACAUUCUCCCACACAGCCAGAGGCUCCAGCUCAGCCUCCGGAGCCUCCUGAGAAGGUAGAACCAUCUCCAGUCCAGCAGGAAGCUCCAGCUCAGCCUUUAGAACUUCCUGACAAAGUGGAACCUUUUCUAGUCUCUCAAGAGACCCAUUCUCAGCUUCCACAGUCUCCUGAGAAGGUGGAAUCCUCUCCAGUCCUGCAAGAAGCCCCAUCUCUACCUCUAGAGCCCCUUAAGGAGAUAGAACCUUCUCCAACCCAGCAGGAGGCUCCAGCUCAGCCUCCAGAAUCACCUAAGGAGGCUGUAGCACAACCUCCAGUCCAUAAGGAGGUGAUAGUUCCACCUCCAGGACAAGAUCAAGCUCAGUAUUCACACUUGCCCAGUGCCACUGUUAAACCUGUUGACCUGGAGCUUACUAUAACUCCAGAGCCUACUACGGAGGCUGAGCAUUCUACGGCAGGGCCAGAGGACCCCGCAGUGACAAUUCCACAUCCAGAGCAUGUUCAGGCUCAGCAACCAAAUUUGACUAAAGUCACUGUUCAACCUUUAGACCUGGGGCUUACUGUAACUCCAGAACCCACUACAGAGGUUGAACCUCCAACCAUGCAGGAGACCCCAGAUCAGCCUUCAGAGUUGCCUAAGGAGGUUGUAGGUCAGCCUCCAGCAUAUCAGGAGGUGACAGUUUCAACUCAAGGCCAAGAUCAAACUCAACAUCUAUUAUUACCCAACGUAACAUUUCGACCUUUGGACCUGGGGCUUACCAUAUCUCCAGAACCCACUACAAAGGUUGAGCAUUCUCCAACCACGAAGAAAACUACAGCUCCCCCAAAGGACCUCGAAGUGACAUUCGCACACCUAGAGCAGAUUCAGGCUCAGCAUCCAACUUUGACUGAAGUCACAGUUCAACCUUUGGACCUGGGGCUUACCAUAACUCCAGAAUUCACUAAGGAGACUGAACUUUCUGAUCAAGCUCAACAUCCAUCAUCAUCCAAUGUAACAGUUCAACCUUUGGACCUGGAACUUACUGUAAGUCCAGAACCCACUACAGAGGUUCAACAUUCUACAACCUUGAAAAAGACUACAGCUCCUCCAAAAGACCUUGAGAACGUAUGA